CGUGUUACUCUUUUUGGUUAUCAGUUGGAGAUGUCUGGUCGUGGCAAGCAGGGCGGCAAAGCUCGCGCAAAAGCCAAGUCCCGCUCCUCCCGCGCCGGUCUACAAUUUCCUGUGGGCCGUGUGCACCGCCUACUUCGUAAGGGCAACUACUCGGAGCGGGUGGGUGCCGGCGCCCCGGUGUACCUGGCAGCGGUGCUGGAGUACCUGACUGCCGAGAUCCUGGAGCUGGCUGGUAACGCGGCCCGCGACAACAAGAAGACGCGCAUCAUCCCGCGCCACCUGCAGUUGGCCAUCCGCAACGACGAGGAGCUCAACAAGCUGCUGGGCCGUGUGACCAUCGCGCAGGGCGGCGUCCUGCCCAACAUCCAGGCGGUGCUGCUGCCCAAGAAGACCGAAAGCCACCAUAAGGCCAAGGGCAAGUGAGGCCCUUCUGGUCCCUAGUGCUACUUAACGGACACCAAAGGCUCU